AUGGUGCUUCUUACGUCUUCUCAAGUCUCAAUCCUUCUGUCCUCGGCCAUAGUCAUCUCUUGUACGGCCGCCCUUUUCCUCAGCGGCUAUGUCAUUCAGCAGCGUACUCUCAACCAGCUGCGUGCCGCCAUCAAACCCGACCGGGACCCACGGCCUUCCCCCAAGACAUCCUACUUUGUGCCCGACCACCUCAAAGACCUCACCGGGAAGGGCAAGAAUGUUCCACUGUACGGAGGCGCGGGGGAGAAAGGACAGGUCAUUAUCGAAGUGAACCCGACGCUGCCCAAGCAGCAGCAACAGCCGAAGAAGCUUGCCGGCCAGAAGAAAACAGGAUGGACUUCCGAUUUAUGGCAGAAGAUGAUGCCUUCGUCCGAUAAGGAAGAUGCAGGCGUCAGCAAGGAGGACUUGGACAAGAUGGACGAGAGGGAGAGGAACAUUCAAGGAUGGAACGUUAAAGACCAGAAGCACCCUGACCCGGAGGUGGCAAGCGAGAAGCCCAUCAGCCGCGCCGAGAGGAGGAAGCUGAUCAAGGAAGAGAUCAAGCGUUUGUCGCAAGGGGAGGAACCAGUUUACUACCAACGACGAUUGUGGUAA